GGUCAAGAUCUUCACUAUGCCCGUUUCAAGUUCAACGGAAUGUCUUUGCGCGCAUCGUCGCUGGUCAGUGAUACCACUCUCGAUUUUUAUUUUUUGUGUCUAAUUUGUUCGGUUGGUAAUCUCUCUCUAAUCAGGCGUUGUAACCUGUUACAUGUGGCUACAUGCUAGCUGACACGCUGGGUGUUUGGUGCAGUGCAAUAGUGGAGGGAGAUCCUGAAUCCUGAACUCAAAUCAAUUACUUUUAAGUUGAUCCUGGGUGCAACUUGUUUGGCCACAGUAGUAGCAGCCUAAACUUUGCACGUGCAGCAUGUUCGAGCGCAAUCAAUAACUGUUUCACAUGCGAUAUUAUCGACUCUCACUCGCAUAAAUGACUUUGGCGGUGGUGAAAAUUAUUAAUUAUUGUGCCGGGUGAUUACAUACUACAUGACACUUGAGAUGUUCAGCUCGCGCCCAUGUUUUUGGGCAGUGGCUCUCAUUCUCAUUGCAACAGCUUGCCAGGUCAACUCAAAGGUGCCCCCGAAAUUCAUCAGAGCGACCAGGGGCGCAUCGAAGGCGAUAUACGGCACACGGAGUGGCUACCCGAUAUUCAGCGGCCCCCGUAAGGUGGUGGUGGGGAGCACCAGUCUCAAGAGGGAGAUAGGCUCUCCCCCCUCCGGAUUUCCCUCAUCACAUGGACGGAGGGUGAGACGGCGGAAAACUGUGAAAAGGGCCAAGAAACCCAGCCGAAGGCCUUCCUCAUAUUCGGCCUAUGGGCUGCCUGUCUACGCCAAGAAGUACAAGUACUAUGUACCCAGCCGACCUGUCAGGUAUAAGACAAGGCCGAAACCCGUGGCAAGGCUUAAACUGCGAAUCCCAACCUACACCCAGUUGCAAGAUCCCGACGACUAUGAGGAAGAAGACAAGCCCUACAUGCCAGACGAGACCUACGACUAUUUCGACGAGCCCAAGCCGCAGGUGAUGAGUAUCACCCCGAUAAAACCCCGUCCCCGGCCCGUCAUCACCGUGAUCCACAAGAAGAAGAAGAAAAAGAGAAUAAAAAUCUCCAAACCGAAAUCGACAACUCCACGCACAGAAGACGAUGAUGAAGAUACACGAGGACAUGAGGAUGAAGAUGAGGAUGAAGACGAAGGAUAUCACAGGAAGCCAUCUUCGAAACCUCACCGAUAUCACGGAGAAGAACAUCGCCAUAAAUACACACACGACUCAGACGGUUCAUACACACAAACCCCGAAUUACAAAGAACCUCCAAAGUUCAUCCCCCCAUACAUAAUGACCUCAAACACCUACGGUGGGGGAGCAGAGCACAACCAUGCAUAUCAAAACCAUGGGUAUUAUACCCAGAUGCCCCCACAGUAUUCACCCCCACCCUACACUCCUCCAAGUUUCACCCCUCAAGCGUAUUACCCCUCACCCACGUAUAAUCCCCACCAAUACAGGGCUACCGGACCAGCUGAUACGGAUAUUGGCUUCGGACAGGGUAUGGAGUAUGUGGCCGAUAAGAAUCCUAGUCCUUGGAAAUAGUUUCAAUAGUUUUGUAGGCGCUCUAGAGAAAAGAAUCCAUUCAAAUUUAUAAAAAGAAUAAAAUAGACAGAAUAAAAAAAAAUUAAUCCAUUCAAAAUACACUCAGGAAUCGCAAAAUGUUAUCAUAGAUGUUGUACAAAAUAAAAAUUCAUUCCUUAAUGAGAGCACAUUAGGAUGUAUUUUGUAUUUGAAACUCUUGAAAUUCUCUAUUUUUGUUUUUAAAGCCUAACCAUGCAGGGAACGUUGAGUUGUAUAGUGAAGAUUCCUUUCGAUCAACAUCACACAAAAGUAGCUUACUAUAGAGUUGAAUGGGCCGGUUUUGUAAGAAGUGAAAGAAUUCAAACAAAUAGGUACCGGUAGUGCAUUCAAAUGAAAUCCUAGGAUUCAACAUCCAAGUCUCUGAUCCGUUAUUUUUCUCCCCACAUUCUUCAAAAGUAUUCUGUCAUUAUUUUGAAAAUAUCUGAUGUUUUAGAACCGAUAUCGUAAAUCAACAGUGUCCUUACACAUAUCAAGGAGAAUAAACACACUAUGAUGUCAUAAAUAUGUUUUCACAUAACUUUUUCCUAUACGAGUCGUAAAAAACUUAGUUCUAAUAAACUGAGCUAUGUACAUCAGUGAGAUUCAAAUUAUGACUGCUUUUGUAUCAUAAUAUGAAUAUGUUGUAAUACCAUUCAUUUGCGAGUUGAACAGAAACAGAUAAUUAUUUGAAUGAGGAAUUAAUACAAAGAUUUCUUUGUUGGAAGAGGAGAAUUUAUGCACGAAUGUGAUCUGUAGUUUUAAAUUGAUGUGCAAUAAAAUCAUGAUUGAAAGAGUUUUAUGUGAGCAAGACUAUUGUUAACAGAUUGCAAAAGGAUAUUUUACUGAAAAUGUAUUGAUUAUUGAGAAUUAACAAAUCAACAGAUUUCGAAAUAAUAAAUAUUUUUGUUCUUGCGGCUGUUGUCAUUAAGAUCAACUGGGGUGCUUCGUAUGAAUAUCAAUUUGAAUAGUUGUGUUAAUUAUAAGUUGAAUUGUUGUUACACUUUUCUAGUUAUUUAGUAUGUAAGAAUAUGUACAGACUCUACCAAAGUACUAAUUAAAAUAGGAAGUUUGUGUUAUUUAUUUAUUAAUGAGAGUGCACUAUCUUAUACGAGUGUAUUAAAAAUGUAUAGCAUUGUAGCUAAUUGACUCUAUAUUAUUUAAUAAAUUUUAUUCUAUGGCAAGCAACAGAGACAAACUCCCCAGUUAUAUGAAUCAAAAUUCUUUAUAAUGGACUUUGAAUGAGAAUUACCAGCAGUGAUGAGAGUCAUUUUCACUAAAAUCAAAAUAAAUCUGAAGUUGAAUUGAUUCCUAUCACAUUUAUAAUUUCGCAUUAAACUUAUCAAUAAACAAUCCAAUCAAACUUAUAAAAAACUUAUCUGAAGGAUAUUACUAUUACAUAAUUAUUGUAAUUCUUUGCUUCCUCAGUUGAAUGUAUUCUUCAUUCUCUACCAAUAAAUCUUAUUUAGCUCGAUUAUAAAACAUAUACUAUUCAAUUUUUUUCUCAUUCACCAAUAAUAUUAAAUUAUACCAUCUUUACAAGUUUAUAUCAACAAUAUUAUUUCAUUAUUUGUGGAUAUUUCAUUUUGAAAUAGCUAUUAUUAUUAUUUUUUCUAUUUUUGAUUCAGCAGUAAUAAAUUGAUCAAAACUGGGUGAUUUAAUUUGAUAGUUCAUGCCUGCUUGUAAUAUGCAAUCAUUGUAUGGAAUUAUGGAAUUUCUCAGAAAGGGUAAAUCUAAUUUUGAACAAAAGAAUUUUCAUCAAGAAGUUGGAAAAUUUUCAAUUCUUUAAAUCGAGUUUCGAUUCAACAAAAAAGCAAAUAAACAUAUUUCAUACUGUGUUAAGACAGAAGAGCAAAGAUAUUAUAGAAUUUCAGUUGGUACAUAAUAUAUUUUUUCAAUUUUUUGAUUUACACUCUGACCUGAGGCUAUAAAUUGGUUCCAUGAGUCACAUUUUAAGGUGAGACAAAAUUUUAUUCUAUUAAGGUGAGAGACAACUCUUCUAAAUCUUAACCAUAAAAUAAAUCAUCAUGGAUACUAUUAUUUUUUACUCCAGAUUAGUACUUGUUCUUUAUAAAUUUUCAAUCGCAUCAUAAUUUAUCACACAUUCAAAAUAGGUACCUUAAUCUUAGAAAAUUUGAUUUACUUUUCUAGAACAAUUUUCAAGCGUAAAAUCCCUCACAGUUGAAAAUGACUAAUAAGUUGAAACUAGUUGUGAUUCAAUAAGAUAGGAAGGGUACUUGAUAACUUUUAUUGUGUUUCAAUGAUUUCAGUGGCCCUAUAAGAAAAGUGAGUUUUUAAAACAUAGGCUUAUUUUUUUGUUGUAUUUUAUUUUGAUUUUAGAAUAAUCCAACAUACUUGGAUAAUCUAUAUAAAUAAAAAUCGAGCCUCAAAUUUUGACGUUCAAUAACUUUUUUAUGUGUGCACCGAAUUUGAUGAUUUUUUUUAGUUUUGUUCGUUAUGUUCAGGACCAGGUUCAUGGCCUAUCAAAUUUAUAAUUCGACUUCAGGACUCUUUCCUACAGUCCUUCAAAGUUUGCAUAUAUAAUCCUUAUGGGAGAAUAUUUGUGAGCUGGCCACACACAGAAAUAAAAAUCAGCUGUUAUAAUCAUUGCGUCAUCCAACAGCCGUCGGUAGAUCUGUUUUUUUUUCAAUUCUCUUUCUACUAAUUCACAAAAUUUCAAUUCUUAAUAAUGCCGCGGUACCAACGACGUCCGAGCUCGGGCCGUUGAACUAGAAAUUCUGUAAAUUUAGAAUAUGCACGGGAAAAUCAGCAGCAAGGAGAUAAUAAUUAUAUACCAUUCAAUUCCCGGCAAGCAGCAUUCAACUAUAACUAAAAAUACAAACUGCUGCACACUAACCGAGCACAUGAGAAGUGCAUAAAUGUAAAUACUGAUUGUUGGAUAAUUUUCAUAAAAAUAUAGUGCAUCAUAUUAAGCUAAGGCUAAGCACACCUGAGGCGGCGCGACUUGGUGAUACAAAGUGUUGAUCUUAUUGAGAUUGCCUUAUCACACCGUUCCACGCCAUGCCCGAUUCAGUGUGUGUGAGUUCUUCCAUUCAAACCAAUAAGCUCCUGGAUGCAAAAUUCUGCAUCGCGCCUCCUCAGGUGUGCAUCCAGCUAAAGUUUGUCAUGAGAUCCAUUAACUAUUUGGCGGUACGAAGUUCGCCGGGCCAGCUAGUUAUGAAUAAAUAUGAUUUAUUAUAAAGUCUGUUUACUAUAAAUAGUUAUUAUAGAAAUAACAGUUAUAGUUUACUGUUAUAGACACUUGUGGCUAAUGAUACAUUGACACCGGUUAAAUUUAAGUUGAGCAUUAGUUUAACAAAACAGUCCUGUAAAUUUUGUUUUUUUAUUUGAUAUAGUUGAAAUUUCGAAGAAAUAGUAACUUGAGAAAUCCAGUAAUUCAGUGGAAAAGUAUUAUACUCACCUGUCUAAUGUCGAAGGAGUGGUAGUAAUAUUCGAAUUGUAGUUUACAAUUACAAUUUAUCUAGAUGCUAAUACCAUUUAUUAAGAUUAAACAAUUAUUGAGAAUAAUCAAACCAUAAUUAAUUUGAUUUGGGGAUAAACGAAUAAACCAUUG